AUGACCGGGGUAGAUGUGGCCGCCAAGAGAGCAAAACAUAAAGCCCUGGGACAUCAGUGCAUCGCCACAGGCAGACCCAGAGGCAUCAUCCCCCAGCUGAGGGCCAGCAGUGCAGCUCUCAAAAAAACAAAUCUUGUGAUGCCUUCUCUCAAUUCUAACUGUGGAGUUGGAGAAGAAGCAGCAUCAGAUAACAGGCUUUCUGGAGAUCUGUACCCUGUCCCUCCAAGGAUGGAUCUCCAGGGGAGAGCCUGCUUCCCCUUGGGGCUCCUGCUGGGCUCUCUGCUCCUGGUGACUUAAACUCCUGCCACUCCAGAGUCUCAUGGGUGCAGCAACGCGGAGCAGCAGGUCACCGUCAGCCAUACCUACAAGAUUGAUGUGCCCAAGUCUGCCCUGGUCCAGGUGGAGGCCGACCCUCAGCCCCUUAGUGAUGACGGAGCUUCGCUCUUGGCCCUGGGGGAGGCCACGGAGGAGCAGAACAUCAUUUUCAGGCACAACAUCCACCUUCAGACGCCACAGAAGGACUGCGAGUUGGCAGGCAGUGUCCAGGACCUCCUCGCCAGGGUGAGGAAGCUGGAGGAAGAGAUGACGAACAUGAAGGAGCAGUGCAAUGUGCAGCGCUGCUGCCAAGGAGCCGCAGACCCGAGCCUCCACUGCAGUGGCCAUGGGACUUUCUCCCCGGAGACCUGCAGCUGCCGCUGCGAACAGGGCUGGGACGGCUCUGCCUGCGAGCGGCCAACCUGCCCUGGGGCGUGCAGCGGGCACGGGCGCUGCGAGGACGGGCACUGCUUGUGCGACGCGCCCUACGUGGGGGUCGACUGCGCCUACCCACCCUGCCCCGAGGGCUGCAGUGGCCAUGGUGAGUGCGUGCGUGGCGUCUGCCAGUGCCACCAGGACUUCACAUCGGAGGACUGCAGCGAGCGGCGCUGCCCUGGUGACUGUAGCGGCCACGGCUUCUGCGACACGGGCGAGUGUUACUGUGAGGAGGGCUUCAUGGGCCUGGACUGCGCCCAGGUGGUGGCUCCCCAGGGCCUGCAGUUGCUCAAGAGCACGGAGGAUUCCCUGCUGGUGAGCUGGGAGCCCUCCAGUGAGGUGGACCACUACCUGCUCAGCUACUACCCACUGGGAAAGGAGCUCUCUGGGCAGCAGAUCCAGGUGCCCAGUGAGCAGCACAGCUAUGAGAUCCUUGGUUUGCUGCCUGGAACCAAGUACAUAGUGACCCUGCGCAACGUGAAGAAAGAGGUCUCUAGCAGCCCACAGCAUCUGCUCGCCACCACAGAUCUCACUGUGCUUGGCACUGCAUGGGUGACAGAUGAGACUGAGAACUCCCUUGACGUGGAGUGGGAGAAUCCUCCAACUGAGGUGGACUACUACAAACUGCGGUAUGGUCCCCUGACAGGGCAGGAGGUGUCUGAGGUUACUGUGCCCAAGAGCAGUGACCCCAAGAGCCGAUAUGACAUCACUGGUCUGCAGCCUGGGACGGAGUAUAAGAUCACAGUUGUGCCGAUGAGAGGAGACCUCGAAGGCAAGCCAAUCCUCCUGAAUGGCAGAACAGAAAUUGAUGGUCCAACCAAUGUGGUCACUGAUCAGGUGACAGAAGACACGGCAGCUGUCUCCUGGGACCCAGUGCAGGCAGUCAUAGACAAGUAUGUGGUGCGCUACACCUCCGCUGAUGGGGAGACCAAGGAGACGGCAGUACCCAAGGACCAGAGCAGCACCAUCCUGACAGGCCUGAAGCCGGGGGAGGCAUACAAGGUCUAUGUGUGGGCCGAGAGGGGCAACCAGGCGAGCAAGAAGGCCGACACCAAGGCUCUCACAGAAAUUGACAGCCCAACAAAUUUGGUGACUGACCGGGUGACAGAGAAUACAGCCACUGUCUCCUGGGACCCAGUUGAGGCUGCCAUUGAUGGGUAUGUGGUACGCUACACAUCUGUGGAUGACCAGGAGACCAGAGAGGUCCCGGUGGGCAAGGAGCAGAGCAGCACCAUCCUGACGGGCCUUAGGCCAGGCAUGGAGUACACGGUCUAUGUGUGGGCCCAAAAGGGGGCCCGGGAGAGCAAGAAGGCUGACACCAAAGCCCCAACAGAAAUCGACAGUCCCAAAAAUCUGGUGACUGACCAGGUGACAGAGAAUACGGCCACCGUUUCCUGGGACCCAGUGCAGGCUGCCAUUGAUGGAUACAUGGUGCGCUACACGUCUGCUGACGGCCAGGAGACCAGGGAGGUCCCAGUGGGCAAAGAGCAGAGCAGCACCAUCCUGACAGGCCUGAGGCCAGGUGUGGAGUACACGGUCUACGUGUGGGCUCAGAAGGGGGCCCGAGAGAGCAAGAAGGCUGAUACCAAAGCCCCAACAGAAAUCGAUAGUCCUAAAAAUCUGGUGACUGACCGCGUGACAGAGAAUACGGCCACCGUCUCCUGGGACCCAGUGCAGGCUGCCAUUGAUGGGUACAUGGUGCGCUACACGUCUGCUGAUGGCCAGGAGACCAAGGAGGUUCCAGUGGGCAAGGAGCAGAGCAGUACCAUCCUGACAGGCCUGAGACCAGGUGUGGAGUACACGGUCUACGUGUGGGCCCAGAAGGGAGCCCAGGAGAGCAAGAAGGCUGACACCAAGGCCCCCACAGACAUUGACAGCCCCCAAAACUUGGUGACCAACCAGGUGACAGAGAAUACGGCCACCAUCUCCUGGGACCCAGUGCAGGCUGCCAUUGAUGGGUAUGUGGUGCGCUAUGUGUCUGCUGAUGGCCAGGAGACCAGGGAGGUCCCGGUGGGCAAGGAACAGAGCAGCACCAUCCUGACGGGCCUGAGGCCAGGUGUGGAGUACACGGUCUAUGUGUGGGCCCAGAAAGGAGCCCGGGAGAGCAAGAAGGCUGACACCGAGGCCCCCACAGACAUUGACAGCCCCAAAAACUUGGUGACUGACCGGGUGACAGAGAAUACGGCCACCAUCUCCUGGGACCUGGUACAGGCUGCCAUUGACAGGUACAUGGUGCGCUACACGUCUGCUGAUGGCCAGGAGACCAGGGAGGUCCCAGUGGGCAAGGAGCAGAGCAGCACCAUCCUGAUGGGCCUGAGGCCAGGUGUGGAGUACACGGUCUACGUGUGGGCCCAGAAGGGAGCCCGGGAGAGCAAGAAGGCUGACACUAAGGCCCCCACAGAAAUUGACAGCCCUCAAAAUCUGGUGACUGACCGGGUGACAGAGAAUACGGCCAUCGUCUCCUGGGACCCAGUGCAGGCUGCCAUUGAUGGAUACAUGGUGCGCUACACAUCUGCUGACGGCCAGGAGACCAGGGAGGUCCCAGUGGGCAAGGAGCAGAACAGCACCAUCUUGACAGGCCUGAGGCCAGGUGUGGAGUACAUGGUCUACGUGUGGGCCCAGAAGGGGGCCCAGGAGAGCAAGAAGGCUAACACCAUGGCCCUGACAGAAAUUGACCCUCCUAAAAACCUUCGUCCGUCUGCUGUGACACCAACUGGUGGGGUACUGACUUGGACACCCCCCUCUGCUCAGAUUGAUGGCUACAUUCUGACCUACCGAUUCCCAGAUGGCACGGUUAAGGAAGUGCAACUUGGUCAAGGUGACCAGAAGUUUGAGUUGGAAGGCCUUGAUCAGGGCGUCACCUACCCUUUCUCCUUGGUUGCAUUUAAGGGAGAUCGCCGGAGCAAGAGUGUAUCUACCACUCUCUCCACAGUUGGUGUCCGCUUUCCACACCCUUCGGACUGCAGUGAGGUUCAGCAUAACAGCAAUGCUGCCAGCGGUCUCUACACCAUCUACCUGCACGGUGACAGCAGCCAUCCCCUGCAGGUGUACUGCGAUAUGGACACGGAUGGAGGCGGCUGGAUUGUCUUCCAGAGGCGGAACACUGGGCAGCUGGAUUUCUUCAAGCGUUGGCGGAGCUAUGUGGAAGGGUUUGGGGAUCCCAUGAAGGAGUUCUGGCUUGGACUUGACAAGCUACACAAUCUCACCACUGGCACACCAACCCGAUAUGAAAUAAGAGUGGACUUACAGACUGCCAACGAAUCUGCCUAUGCCAUAUAUGAUUUAUUCCAAGUGGCCUCCAGCAAGGAGCGGUAUAAGCUAACAGUGGGGAAAUACAGAGGCACCGCAGGGGAUGCUCUUACUUACCACAAUGGAUGGAAAUUUACAACUUUUGACAGAGACAAUGAUAUUGCCCUCAGCAACUGUGCCCUGACACAUCAUGGUGGCUGGUGGUACAAGAAUUGCCACUUGGCCAACCCCAAUGGCAGAUAUGGGGAAACCAAGCAUAGCGAGGGAGUGAACUGGGAGCCGUGGAAAGGACAUGAAUUCUCCAUUCCUUACGUGGAGCUGAAAAUCCGCCCUCUUGGCCACAGCGGGGAAUCCACCCUGGGCAGAAAGAAGCGGACACUGAGAGGAAAGACAAGAGUGUUCUGAUGGCCAUUAGAGCAGCCCCUCGCAGGAGAGAAGACCAGCUGGGUGCGGGCUGCAUAAGCCUGGGGGGUGUGUAGGUGGUGACCAAUGAGUGGAACUUUGAGGGAGUCUCAUAGCAUCUAAUUUCUGAGAUGGCUGGAUAACCCACAGAACAAAUCAUGUCACCAAGCUUCAGUCACAGAGGUUCCUUCCUUGUAUUCUGCAUUUCUGCCCUUCUACACUAGGGGGCCUGUGGUGGCACUGUGUAUGGAAAAGACAGUAUU